AUGGACAAAGUCUGUGCUGUGUUCGGAGGCUCCCGGGGCAUUGGCAGGGCAGUGGCCCAGCUAAUGGCCCAGAAGGGCUACCGACUGGCCAUCGUCGCCAGAAAUCUGCAAGUGGCCAAAGCCGCCGCCGGUGACCUCGGCGGUGGUCAUUUGGCAUUUAGCUGUGAUGUUGCUAAAGAGCAUGAAGUUAAACACACAUUUGAAGAGAUGGAGAAAAAUUUAGGUCCUGUUAACUUCUUGGUAAAUGCAGCUGGAAUUAACAGGGACAGCCUUUUAGUACGAGCAAAAACUGAAGAUAUGAUAGCUCAGCUUCAUACUAACCUUUUGGGUUCCAUGCUGACCUGCAAAGCUGCCAUGAAAACUAUGAUUCAACAACAGAGAGGAUCUAUUGUUAAUGUAGGGAGCAUUAUUGGUUUAAAAGGCAAUGCUGGUCAGUCUGUGUACAGUGCUGCUAAAGGAGGAUUGGUUGGAUUUUCCCGUGCUCUUGCUAAGGAAGUAGCAAGAAAGAAAAUUAGAGUGAAUGUGGUUGCUCCAGGAUUUGUUCAUACAGAUAUGACGAAAGCCUUGAAUGAAGAACAUUUAAAGAAAAAUAUCCCUCUUGGGAGAUUUGGAGACCCCAUUGAUGUGGCACACGCAGUUGUAUUUCUCUUAGAAUCACCCUAUAUUACAGGGCAUGUUCUGGUAGUAGAUGGGGGAUUACAACUCACGAUGUAA